CGCACACAAGGAUUAGAGGGUUGCUGCGAGUGUCUGCUCAAAGAGAAGUAGCCAGAAGACAGAAAGAGAUAAAAAAAAAAAAAAAAAAAAAAAGAUUCUCCAGAAAAGGAUAGCCUUACUAUUGUGGAUAAGUGAUCUGAUUUACCUUUACACAGGCUCUUCCUCUCAUCUCACGCCAAGCUGAAGCCCUGCUGAGCCUUCACCUGGGGGAGAGCAGAUAAGCCAAGGGACUAUAUAGCCUGGACCUCCACACAGGGAGCCAUGUGAGUGGCACCCCUCCACCCACUUCACACUACAGAGGUCCCCCCACAGUCUGCUCUCAAAGCUGGGGAAACACAACCAGGAUUUUGUUCCCCUCAGUGGAGCCUUCACUUUCAGGGCUUGCGUGGAGGGACUCUCCAGGCUCGGCGUACCCCAGCGGGAGACACUUAUCUCUAGGCACUGGUCGGGGUGUGAGUGCCCCCUGGUCUGGAGGCCAGCCAGCAGCACUCCAGCACCAUGGAUUACCUGUUUGGGAUUUUAGUGCUGCUGUGUGGGGCGGUGCAGCCGGGAAGAGGUGAUGAGUCCAAGCACAACGUACCCAGGCUAAAGCUGUCAUACAAGGAGAUGUUAGAGACCAGUAACCUUGUCACCUUCAAUGGCUUGGCCAACAGCUCGAGCUACGAUGCUUUCCUAUUGGAUGAGGAACGAGGGAGACUACUGGUCGGAGCCGAGGACCACAUCUUCUCAUUCGACCUCGUCAACAUUAACAGAGACCACAAACAGAUUGCGUGGCCUGCCACCCCCUCUAAGAGGGAUGAAUGCAAGUGGGCAGGGAAAGACCUUGGGAAAGAGUGUUCUAACUUCAUCCGGGUCCUCCAGCCCUACAACCAGACCCACAUGUACAUCUGUGGCACAGGAGCCUUCCACCCCAUCUGUUCUUUUCUAGAAAUGGGAAAAAGAGCAGAGGACAACAUCUUUCGACUGGCCUCGCAUUUUGAGAAUGGCCGCGGGAAAAGCCCCUACGACCCCAAAAUGCUCUCGGCCUCGCUUCUGAUCGAUGGAGAGCUGUACUCUGGCACAUCUGCUGAUUUCAUGGGAAGGGACUUUGCUAUUUUCCGUACCCUGGGAGAUCAUCAUCCAAUCAGAACAGAGCAGCAUGAUUCAAGAUGGCUUAAUGACCCCAGGUUCAUAAGUGUUCACUUGAUCCCAGAAAGUGACAACCCCGAAGACGACAAGAUCUUCCUGUUUUUCAAAGAGAACGCCAUGGACGGAGAGCACACUGGCAAGGCUACCAUCGCCAGGAUAGGACAACUGUGUAAGAAUGACAUGGGAGGUCACAGGAGUCUGGUGAACAAGUGGACCACUUUUCUCAAGGCCCGGCUAAUGUGUUCAGUGCCCGGGGUUACCGGCAUUGAUACACACUUUGAUGAGCUACAGGACGUGUUCCUCAUGAGCUCCAAGGACCCGAAAAAUCCACUUAUCUAUGCUGUAUUCACCACAUCCAGUAACAUCUUUAAAGGCUCAGCAGUGUGCAUGUACAACAUGGCAGACAUCAGGAGGGUUUUCCUGGGCCCCUACGCCCACAGAGAUGGACCCAACUACCAGUGGGUGCCUUUCCAAGGGAGGGUGCCCUACCCGCGCCCUGGAACUUGCCCCAGCAAGACAUUUGGAGGAUUCGACUCCACAAAAGACCUCCCUGAUGAUGUCAUCACCUUCGCCAGGGGUCACCCAGCCAUGUACAACCCAGUGCACCCGAUAGGUGGGCGUCCCAUCAUGGUGCGGACAGACGUGGACUACCAGUUCUCCCAGCUGGUGGUGGACAGAGUGGAGGCAGAGGACGGACAGUAUGACGUCAUGUUCAUCGGGACAGACAUGGGCACCGUACUGAAGGUGGUGACAAUCCCCAGAGAGAGCUGGCAUGACCUGGAAGAGGUGGUGCUUGAAGAGAUGACUGUCUUCCGGGAGCCUACUCCCAUUACUGCUAUGGAGCUGUCCACAAAGCAGCAACAGCUGUACCUUGGCUCGGGCCUGGGUGUAUCACAGAUGUCUUUACACCGUUGCGAGGUGUAUGGGAAAGCUUGCGCUGAGUGCUGCCUGGCCAGAGACCCUUACUGCGCCUGGGACGGCAGCGAGUGCUCGAGAUACUUUCCUACCGCCAAGAGGCGAACCAGGCGACAGGACAUCAGAAACGGAGACCCUCUCUCCCAGUGCUCAGAUCUUCAGCAUCACGACGACAUGGAUGGCUUAGGAGGCAGCGUGGAGGACAGGAGUGUGUAUGGCGUGGAGAACAGCAGUAUGUUCCUGGAGUGCAGCCCCAAGUCUCAGAGAGCGCUCGUUUACUGGCAGCUGCAGAAGCCCAACGACGACCGCAAGCUCGAGAUCAAGCGAGAUGACAGGGUGCUGCGUACAGACCAGGGCCUGCUCAUACGCAGUCUGGCUCAGUCUGACACAGGUAUCUACCACUGCCAAGCUGUCGAACACGGCUUUAUCCAGCCCCUACUGCGCCUCAACCUCCAGGUCAUCCCCGCCCAGAGACUGGGUGACAUCCUACCUGGGCUUUCCAGUGCGGGGGGUGGGGUAGGUCACUCUCCCAAGCACAGGCUGUGGUAUCGAGACUUCCUGUCUCUCUUAGACCACCCAGACCUCAACAGCGUGGAGGAGUUUUGCGAUCAAGUUUGGAAGAAAGAACGAAAACAGAAGAGGGUGAAGACGCCCAAUGGCAACAGUCAGGGUAAACCCGACAGCACCGGUGGUUCUAACCCUGCAUUAAGACCUAAAGCUUUGGCUCCCAAUGCUCAGAAGCAGCAAGCCAGUCCACCACAGAGCAGGCCAUGGCCUCAGGCUGGAGCUCCGACAGUGGAAGGGCCAGCACGGAGCCAGACUACCCAGAAAGGUCAACCGAAUCUGGGUACGUUGACUGGCCAGGCACCUAAGAACAAUCAGAAGACGCAGAACGUCCAGAAGGGGCAGGGCAGCCUGGCUGGUUCUCAGGCCGCGGGGGGGUCUCGGGCGAGCAGCCAGCACGCGGCCAAAUGGAGACGGAUGCAGGAAAAUAAGAAGGGACGCAACAGGAGGACCCAUGAGCUUCAAAGACCCCCACGUAGCGUUUGAGGAAAAAGCACAGAGAUGCACACAUGCAGCCAGAUCUACACACACAAGCACAAACUUCAAUUCAGUGACCUCGCCAUAACAACAGCAGAACAAAGACCCAUAAAAAAAACAGCAGCGCACACUUUUAGGUAGAAAUACAUGAGCUGCACUCGUGUAACACCAUAAAGCUCUCAUUCAAAGACACAUACACAAAUGCACAUAACCUGUGAAGAGGACAAAGAUGAACAGAGGACUGUAAAACUGGAAUGCAUACUGUAAAUGUGUGAGGAUAUGGCUGGUUGCCUGGGAUACUGCCUGGCAGACACUUCAACCUCCUGUACAUAAGCUACUAAAAUAGGACUGGGACAGAAAUGUUUAGUGAGGUUUGUUGGUAAGCAGAUGGACUUAAAAUGCUGAGAGGACAGUUGUGGAGACAUUAAUAGAUACACAGACAUUUGUGGAAGCAGAAAGAAUGCAUCCACUGCAAUCUGCUGCCCUCUUUGACCUGAGCAUGUGAACCGCAAGAUAGUGUACAUGGAAUGGAUUAAAAACUCUUAUUUUGAAGAACUGUUUGAGGAGAAAAGAACCUUCCAUCCAGUCUUUCGAGUGAAGACAGACAACAGAACUCUUAAAGGAGGAAAGGGAAGGGUUGCACCAGUGGCCCUCAUGUUGUUCAAAAACAAAUAGAAGCAUUAUUACAUGCAAAAACUGCAAAGUCAUACCAUGGUGCAAAGAAAGUGCUUCGUCAUAACCUUCUCCACCUGAGGCUGGGAAAGCAUUGUGCAUGUUGUUGUCAAUCAAUGUUUUAAUAAGCUAGUUAUUUUAUGGAAUUCUAAAGGCUUUUUUUUUUUUUUUUUUUUUUUUUUUUACACCCUACCUAAAAUAAAUGUUACAUGUCCUUUUAUAUUUCCUUUCCAGACCUGUGCUUCUAUUUUUGGGGCAAAAAAUUACAAGCAACAUAGUAGUCUCAUUGUGCAUUAUCCCUUCUGCUCUUGAGGAUUCUGUGUAAGUUAUUAUGUUGUUGCUUUUUCUGGGAUUUAUAGAAUCUGGGCACGAAUUCCAGUUGUAGGCUAUGCUAAAAACCCAGUCUGAAAUAGACUGGCAGUUGUUUUGUGUACAUAUAUACAACAAACUAAACUCUCUGUGUAUAUAGAGUACAUAUACAGUACAAGAACACCACUUGAUUAUUAUUUAUUGCUCAUUGUUUUGUGAAAGGGUUGCAUUUAUUUUUGAUAUUACGGUAUUUUUGGCUCAUCAAUAUAUUGGAGAAACAAUGGCAACAGCAACUGAGAAAACUUUGAUGGACCAACUGGCUGAAAUUGUGUCAAGGAAUCCCUUUUUGGGGAGAAAAGGGUUGAAAAUGACUUAAGUUUAGGAGCACCAUUACAGGGGCUUGUGUCAUUAAUACAUUUUUGACAGAGAUCCCGCUAACGAUAAGCACAAUUUUUUCUCUUUUUACUUUCAUAACAGAUGCUUUCAUUACAUUUUAUUUUUUCCCAAAUCCAUCCACGUCUUCGUUCAUCCAGUAUCCAUUAUGUGUAAGAUAAUUCCCCAAACGGAAAAACAUUAGCUGUGAAUCUCUGUAAGAAAUAGUGGAGAAAAAUGUUAAAUUUAGUCUGAAGGAGAAGACACGUUAUACUGCAUGUGAAUGCUACCUACAGUAAGUGCAUCUUUUUAUCGUCUCUACGUGUUUUGUGUGAGAGGUAAAGUUCCCUUAAAUCAAGGUGUGAAUUACUUUUGUCCUUCUGCCAAAACAGUGAUAUUAACAACUAAUGAUACUCUGGCCAAAGCUGUAGAUCCAAGCUCCUUAAACUUUGAUUCAACAAAGGUACCCCCUGUCUCCCCUGUCCCC